AUGGCUUCAUCAAACGAAGUAUCAUACAAUUUAUUUAGCCAAAAAGCCAUUGGACUAGUGACACCCAUACCCAUCAACAAUGAAGAAUUUCAAGAAGAAGACAUUUGGGGUUGUACUACUACUACUAAUAAUAAUAAUAUUGUUAAUGAAAAAGUUCAGCUCAGUUCCAAGUUCAUCAUCACAAGUAUUAAAGAUCCGAGAAGGCUAAUUCCCACAACAAUCAAGAUGAUCCCAAAGUCAAAAAAUAAGAAUUCAGUACAAGAUUUCAACAUUGUUCAUCACUCUGCCCCAGUAAAUAUACAUGAUUGGUCAAAGAUUUAUGGUACAGGUGUAAAGAAGGAAAUUGGUAACUUUGUGACAAAUAAUAGUAAUUUGGGAAGUGAUGAUGAAGAAGAAGUUGAAGAAAAUGUGAUGCCUCCACAUGAAUGGCUUGCCAAAAGACUUGGGAGAAGGCAAAUUUCUUCUUUUUCUGUUUGUGAAGGUGUUGGAAGAACUUUAAAAGGAAGAGAUCUAACCAGAGUAAGAGAUAUUGUUUUAACAAAAACUGGAUUUCUGGAAUAA